UGGGCUGUCACAGCGAUUACAGGCUCCGAAACACAAGGUGGCAGAGUUGGUCGUUUAGCGCCUGAAAUGAAAACAUCCGCUUUACUGUACAGCUAGCUAAUCAUAGAAGGAUCCUGGAUCUCUCGUGUAUAUUAAAUAUGUGUUAGGUUACGCGAUACCGGAGUGCCUGUUCCUGUCUGGUCUAUUCUGACUGAGAGCUGAACGGGACUAAAGUUAGCCGAGAGGACGAGCUGUGUAAACAUGGCAGACGACGUGUUGUUCGAGUUUCUGCACAUGGAGAUGGUGUCCCACGUUUACAAGGAGCAGGCGAGCCGGGACGACAUUGACAAGGACAGAAUAACAUGCGUGUCCAUAUUAGAAGGAAUGGGUUUCAGAGUGGGACAAGGCCUAAUAGAAAGAUGUACAAAAGAUUAUCCCACUUUCAAAGAUGACUUGGACGUCAUGAAGUUCCUCUGUAAGGAUUUCUGGACCAGUAUUUUCAGAAAACAAGUUGACAACUUGAGGACUAACCACCAGGGAACGUAUGUUUUACAGGAUAACAAAUUUGCACUGUUAACUCAAGUGUCCAGUGGAAAGCAGCACCUAGAAGAAGCUCCUAAAUACUUGGCCUACUCUUGUGGGUUGAUUCGAGGAGCUUUGUCCAACCUGGGCUUGGAAAGUGUGGUGACUGCUGAAGUUUCCUUAAUGCCAUCAUGCAAAUUUCAAGUUGUGAUUCAGAAAAGCUAAAAUGGACUAAAGCAUCUUUGGACAACUGCUGGUGUUUACUCUCAAAGUAAUAUGAAUGUAAAUUACAUCGAUCCUGAAUGUUUACAAAACACACAGGGAGUUUUCAGCACAUAUUUUUGAUAAAGUUGUGUUUGUAGUUGACUUUUGUGGACAAUGUUACAUACACGUUUUGUACACAUGCAUAGAGUAGAAAACUCUUUAUCCAAGAAGAAAAAAAAAAAUGACAAAAAUUAAUUUUAAAAAUAAAAAAAAAAGAAAAUAAUAGACAGGAGCCAAAUUAAAUUUGGCUCGGCUAUUUAUUUCAUUGUUAAGCAGCAUUCACUGAGAUCCAAAGUGAAGUUUUUCCUUCAUGCUGUUUUUUUCAGCAUGUCUUUAGUAUCCUAGAUUCUGGAAUUUCAACAUGUUGAAUGUGGUUCAAGAAAACAGAUGGAGCUGUGCCAUACAGACACGUUUAUAAGAGCAGACAAAUGCAGCAUAUGUAAAAAUAACAGUGAGUUAAGGCCACCACACACCAGACAUGUCGCAUAGCAUUAAGUAACAGGUACGGUACAAAGUGCCGCAACAGCACAUACAAUGUGUUGCAGUGAAAGAGGCGAUGAUUGUCAAAUCCAGGUUAAUUUUUACACGGUAUACAUUACUAGUAUAAAUUUAGUGAGAAAAAAAAACCUAAUUAUUAUGCUGGUAACAGCGUACCAUCACGUUGCAAGCUCGUUGUUUUUGAGCUAAAAUAUAUGAGGUUUAAACAGACUAGGCUAGAUAAACCACAAUUAGCGGAGGUAGCUUACAGUAGUUUGCUAAAUUUGACUACUGCCAGUCAUUAUUACAUGUUCUGUUGAUUUUUUGUUGAUAAGUUAAACCGUCCUCUGCAGGUAACACAUUUGUGGACAUUUGCUAACAAAAUACCACUUUUGUCCAGGUCACAUGUCAUUGGUUUUUAAUUUUGGCUGGUUUUUAAUUUUUUUUGCAUCUCAUUGGUAACUCUCACUUCACUUUACCUGUGUGUAAUAGCACUUGUUAAUAAAAACUGUUGGCCAUUUUGAAAACUAAAUAUUGCCAUUAGUCCAAAUAUCACAAGCUAUUUAAGAUGAAGUUACCGUUUACUGUACAUCCCAUAUCUGACUGUCCUUGACUGGCUUACAGAAAGGUACAGUAUGCAAAAACCAUGGUACAGCGUCUGCACAGUAGGAAAUGAAAGUGUCAUUUUGGUUCACAAUUACUCCUCAUCUCACCCCUGUAGUCUUCACUGUAUUUCAUACUACCUAAAGCCAAACGUACAGAUGUUCACCAAAUUGUUUAGAGUGUAUUUAAUCUACCUCCGUUCCAGAAAAUGAUCAAUGUAGAUUUGAAGGAAAAGUAUAGCUGCCAAAUAGUUCUUAAGUGGUCAUAGAAUUGUAAAUGAAUGAAAGUUCCUCUAUAAUUGAUUUUACCGAGCUUUUCAUUCAGAUUUUUCCAGUGUCAUAUGUACUUCUAAAUGAUUGGGCUUGGGUGGUUUCUGUAAGUUACUGGUUCUAAAGCAAGUCUGGUAACUAUUAUAGGAGUAGAACCUUGUGUAGAUUUGUUAGUCUAUUAUUUAUUGUAGUGCUUCUGCCCAGAAUGAGGUCCUUGGUUGUUUUAGUGCAACAUGGUUUGCAAGCCAAUCAUUUUUGAUUGCCUGGUACUUCAGCAGAUCCAGUAUGCAGGAUGGAAUGGAUCUCUUGAAUGUGAUUCUCAGAUCUCUCUGCCAACUAUGGCUGUCAAAACAGUCCCCACACUGCAGUCUGUAAAACAGAAAGCAGGUAAUGUCCUCCAGAUGCUGCUGCAGUAGAAGCCUCAUUUGCAGACAGACCUUUGUUGUGGUUACGAUUAAAGGAAAACAUAAUUUGUCCAUCAUUUCAAAGGCGUCUAUGGUAAAAAAUUGAUGAAUGUAAAUCUACUUCAUGUACUUCAUUCAUUCUUUCCAUUGCAAAUGUCUGCUAAACCACAGUAAUGAUGAUUGACCACCGUUACAUUUGUUUACUUCUGUCACAAGGUUUUGAUAUUUAAAAAGUAAUUACAAGAAUUGUGCACAAUUAAAUGUCAAGUGGUACCUCAGUUUCUCUUUACAGCUACUUGAAGUAAAAUGCUUUCAGACAGACCUCCAGCUCAUCACACUUCUUUAGCUAUUUUAAAGUCUGGAGGAUAUACGAGACCACCUUCAAGGGCCGUAUCUGUCCCCACAAACCUACCGUCACCGUUUUCUUCUUUCUUUUUAGCCUACAUUUCUUACAUAAUGUGAAUAUUUGUGAACACUUCAUGAACAGUUGUCCACAAAUGGUCAGAGUUUAUUUCCAAAACAAUCUUAUUACGUUAACUUGCUUUAAAAGUUCUGUUUGCUUUUCUUUCUCCUGUUGUGGAGAGACGACGCUUUACUCUGACCAUUGCAAUAACUAAUCUACUUUUUCUUUCGUUUUAAUAAAUGCUCCUACAUGUUUACACUUUGUACCUGCCCAUACAAGAUUGAGUUCAUUUCUAUUAGAGUGUGUUUGUAAUAGAGCCUAGUUUAAUCGUGUGGUCUCAAACCAUAUUUUUAACUUCUGUCUCCUUUGGAGGACCUUAGCCAAGAGCUAUGCAAUUUCUGUACAUGAAAUUGACUUUGAAACGAAAUAAACAUCAGUGAUUUGGG